AUGGAGAGAAAUAACAAAGGGAAGAAAUCGAUGGAGGAAGGCCGGAAGGAUGAGAAGCAGCGAGGGGUUUGCUAUUUGGGUCGGAUUCCGCCGCGCAUGGAUCCGUCGACGCUUCGUCAGAUGCUCUCUCAGUACGGAGAGAUACAGAGGUGGGUUGAAUUUUCUGACAAAAGGGUUGCUAAGAGAGUUGCUAAUAUGUUAAAUGGUGAACAGAUAGGUGGGAAGAAGAGGUCGUCUUUCUACUAUGAUCUUUGGAAUAUCAAGUACUUGAGUAAAUUCAACUUACAAGAAGCCACUCGGGAGCAAAAACUAGCUUUAGAAAUUUCUGCUGCUAAGGAGCGUGAUUCUAUCUCACUAAAGUUGAGAAGUCCCAGGCAAAGGGCCGAAGAAGAUUCAGGGAGCAAUCCGGAUCUAUCUGAUAGCCAGCUGGAACAUCAGGUAAUUCACCGGUUCUGUCAGAAGAAACCUGUUGCAAAUAAUGCUGCAAAAACCAAAUCUCGGCUUUCUGGAGAUGUACUGUCAGCGAGCUUUGUACAACGAUUUUUGGUGGCUUCUGUGAUUUCAGAGUCUUUGUCUAGCUCGGAGACGAAGAGCAAUGAGAAGAGAUUGGUUCUGAAGUCUCCAUCUACCUUGGCUGAUCGUAUAUUAAAUUCUUAUAAACCAAAUGUUUCCGAGGAGUUUAGUCCAUAA